AUGGAAGGUUAUAAUAUUGAAUUAGUGAAAUCUAAAUAAUUCUAAGAUCUUGAUAUUGAUGCAUGGAGAAUGAACACUUUAAUAUUAGAUCUUAAAAGAUAAUUACUUGUUCUUGGAUGCACAAAUAAUUUACUAUUUUUUUCAAUCACAGGACUAAAAUUAAAAUAACUAAAACCUAUAUUUAUUGAGUAAAAUGAUAUGAUCAAUUAAAUAAAAUAAUAUGAUCAUCUCCUAUUUGCCAUUACUAUGAAUUCAUACAUAUAUAUUUAUGAUCUAGAUAAUAUUUUAAUCAAACCAAUUAAAUUGUAAGGUCUCUAUGAAGUAACAUAUUAUUUUAAUUACAGAAAAUUUAAGAUUGUUCCAUUUGGAGCAUAGAUAUAUGCCAUUAAUAUUUGGCUGUAGGUUCAAAUUCUCAUAUUAUCUCAUUGUGGUCUAGAAAACUACUCAAUUUUGAUAAACCUGAUCAUAAAUAUUGGGAUGAUCGUGAAAUCAGAGUCAAAUUCAAUAAGUAAGAUUUAAUGAGAACAGAUAUUGAAUUUCCAAUUAGAUAUGUAUAAUAUAUUUAAAAUAUUUCGUUAGAGUAUUUAAAACCAUAAACACAAUAUACCAUGUGUUUCAUUUUCCCCUUGCUGUUAAUUCUUAGCUUCUGGAAGUAUUGAUGGAGGUUUAAGAAUAUAUUUAGUAGAAAAUGGAACACAAUUAUAUUCAAUUAUCUUUUCAGAAUGGGUUUGGUGUAUUUCUUGGAUUUAAUUAAAUGAUUAAACUAAAAUCAUUUUUAAUUCUGAAAUUGAUUAAUUAUCCUAAUAUAAUAUAGUUGCAGGAUUUAAAGAUUCAAUUAAACUAUGUUAAAUUAUAAAUCAAGAACUUAAAGUAGUAGAGGAUGAUUUCUAUAAAAAUUCUUCUUCUUUAGGACAAAGAUUUUAGAGGCUUUAAUAUAUAUAAGAUUUGAAUCUAAUUUUAGCAUGUAUAAUUUUAAAUGAUUUAUUAUAGUCCCAUAACAUGAUAAACAAUUUUGUUUAAUAGAAUCAUAUAAUUUAGAUAGAAUUAUUAAAAAUCAAGAUCUUACUAUUAAAUUACCUGCAGAAAAUUUAAUCUCAGCAGAUAUUUAAUAAAUAAAGGAUAGUUAUGAAGCUAUUAUAGCAGUUUUAACUUGGUAAAAAAAUAUUAAACUUUAUAAACUUAAAGUAUGA